AUGUCCGGCCCCCUCCUCCACCGCUGCGCCGUCUGCGGGACGUCGACCGAGAACCGCUGCUCGGGAUGCUCAAAGGCGGGAGGACCGACCAUCUUCUUCUGCUCGCCGGAUCACCAGAAGCUCGUGUGGCACAACCACAAACGCGUCUGCCGCGACAAGUCGGCUGCUUUCGUUGCGCCGCCUCUUUCCGACGUCGAGUACCAGCACUAUCGGCAAGUCGCCGACAUCAAGUUCCCGCACGCGAAACCGCCGGAGUUGCGGAUGACAAUUGCCGAGUCGGUGGAAAAAGCUUUGGCAGACAGGAAGCUACCAAAGGAUUUUGAGCGGUUCGUGGCGAUCUCGCGCACCGCCGAAGACCUCGCAGACUCGUGGAAGCAGAUGCUCCUGGCACGCAUCCGUGCUGACACCGCUUUCCUCAUGACUGAUCCAACGGGAGGUGUGUUGAAGGCCCCUUUUGUGGGAAGCAGCACGCCUUGGGAGUUUGUCGCAGCGUUCGCAGACCUCGUCCUCCUCUACCACCCGGAGCUUUCGCCGAUUGCGAACCAGCUCGUCCGCUUCAAGCAUCACACCUUGAUCCUCCACACUCUCCUCAGCCUCAGGCUCGCCAGCUCGUCAAGGGAAAUCCCGGACGACUGGAUCCUGCGAUCGUUCGAGAACGUGGUCGAGGCGCUCAACGAUGACAUCAAGUACCAGCAUAUGAGUGACAUCCACCGGUUCAGCAAGAUGACCGAUCUCCUCAGCGAGCCCGUCAAGCGCAUUGUCGACUUCGAGACGGACCAAGGCUUCUUCCCCGGCAUGGGCAUCCUCGAGCUGACUUGCUACCCCAAGUAG